UUUUUUUUGUGUCAAACAGGUAAAGAGGCAUAAAUCUCAAUGGGAGAGGAAAACCAAACCUUUGUGACUGAGUUUAUUUUCCUUGGCCUUUCCCAGGACUUGCAGACCCAGAUCCUGCUAUUUAUUCUUUUUCUCGUCAUUUAUCUUUUGACUGUGCUUGGAAACCUGCUCAUCAUCCUUCUCAUCUUCAUGGAUUCUCAACUUCAUACUCCCAUGUACUUUUUUCUUAGAAACCUCUCUUUCGCAGAUCUCUGUUUCUCUACUAGCAUUGUCCCUCAAGUGUUGGUCCACUUCCUUGUGAAGAGGAAAACUAUUUCUUUUUUGGGGUGUGUGACACAGAUAAUUGUCUUCCUUCUGACUGGGUGUACAGAGUGUGCACUGCUGGUGGUGAUGUCCUAUGACCGGUAUGUGGCUGUCUGCAAGCCCCUGCACUAUUCUACCAUCAUGACCCAAAAGGUGUGUCUCCAGUUGACCAUAGGAUCCUGGGCCAGUGGGGCACUAGUGUCUCUGGUGGAUACCACCUUUACUUUCCAACUACCCUAUCAAGGACAGAACAUUAUUAACCACUACUUUUGUGAACCUCCUGCCCUCCUGAAGCUGGCUUCAGCAGAUACUUAUGGCACAGAAAUGGCCAUCUUUGCCAUGGGCGUGGUCAUCCUCUUAGCUCCUGUCUGCCUGAUCCUUGUGUCCUACUGGAAUAUUAUCUCCACUGUGAUCCAGAUGCAGUCCGGGGAGGGGAGGCUCAAGGCUUUCUCUACCUGUGGCUCCCAUCUCAUUGUUGUUGUCCUCUUCUAUGGCUCAGCAAUAUUUGCCUACAUGCGGCCAAACUCCAAGACCACAAAAGGGAAGGAUAAGAUGAUAUCUGUGUUCUAUACAGUGGUGACUCCAAUGUUGAACCCCAUCAUUUAUAGCCUGAGAAACAAGGAUGUCAAAGGAGCUCUCAGAAAACUAGCUGAAAGAAAGUUCUUUUCUCAGAGGCAGUGA